GGUGUGUAAGUUAGCAGUUGUCAACGAUUCUGUCUUCACUUCAGAUAGGUACUCCGGGAUCCCAUGAUAUGCGUUCGCAUAUCACCAGUCACCUACAAACCACCAGCCUUCCAAAAACAAGACUGAUGGCCUGUCGCCUUUCAGGGAAUCCAUCAAAAGCCUCGACCUUUUGGAGGACGCUGAACACAUUCUCAUGUCAUCAUGGAGACAAGGAACUGUGCGACAAUACCAAAUUUAUACGUCUCAGUGGGUACGAUAUUGUGGUGAGAGACAAAUACCUACCUUGUCACCCAAUGUGGGACAUGUGUUGAACUUUUUAACACAUCUAUUCCAAAAGGGAAUAGGUUACAGUGCAGUAAAUACGGCUAGAUCAGCCUUGUCAUCCUUCGUUAACAUAGAUGGUGUGCCGUGAGUGAAUCACACAUACAUUAAACGAUUUCUGAAAGGAGUAUUUCAGUUGCGACCGGCACUACCGAAAAACAAUGUUACCUGGGACACUGAGAUAGUCUUGGACUAUGUACGCCAACUGGAUACAACAAUAUUGAAAAUGUUGACCUAUAAAACAGUUAUUUUGUUGGCAUUUUCCACAGGACAAAGAGCGCAGAGUCUGCAUUCACUAAAUAUUAGGAAUGUGACCCUAGCAGACACUUGUUGUAUAUUCAGGUUUGGUGACAUUCUAAAAACGACCCGACCUGGACAUCACCAAGGUGAGAUAACACUGGGGAAGUUUAAUGAUGUAAACCUGUGUGUGGCGGAAACGCUAAAAAAUUACCUCAACAGAACGGAACUCUUGAGGGACAACUCGGAAGGUAACAAGCUUUUUAUAAGUUUUCACACACCAUAUUCACCAGUUUCUAAGGCUACUAUAUCCAGAUGGAUAAAAUUAUACUUAUUCAGGCGGGCAUUACUAUUACAGUGUUUACCCCACACAGCACCGGAGCGGCAUCAACCUCUGCUGCAUUUAGAGCAAAUGUACCAAUUCAAACAAUUCUCAACACAGCAGGCUGGAGCAGUGACUCUACAUUUGCAAAGUUUUACCUUAAACCUCUUGGUGGCACAGAUGAUAAAUCAUACCAGCUCAACUGACGCUCAUUAUUGAUGGAGUUGUUUCCCUUGGAUUACUGCAAAUUGCUUGGACAUGUUGGAUAUGUUUAUGCAGUCUGGGAGUUUAUGGUAAACCAUAACCUUUCAAAAAGUAUGGCUAACCAUAACUUUUGCCAUGUGGGUCAAGUUAUGGUUUACCAUCGCUUUGUUAGAAGUUGUGAAUAUCCAUCUCUUUUAGCUUCCACACAUUCAGGGAGCAUUUAUUAUUCAUACUUUUAAAAAGAAAGUCAUGGUUUUUCAUAACUUUUCUUGAAAAAGUUACGGUUUUCCAUUCCAUCACACAGAAGUUAUGAUUUAUAGUAACUUUUCACACAAAAUUUUGUUGUGGACUGUUCAAUGUUGUAAUCUUCAAUGAUCAUCAACUAUGAACACUUUUGAACAUUAUAAUCGACAUAACGGUACCAGGACCAUUCGACUUGAAUGGAUUAUCAAAGGCUAUCACAUAUUCCAUCGUGGUCCUGAUCCAGCUAUCAAAUUGAGCGUUGAAAUUGAGGAAAACAACAGAUAUGACUCAUCAGCAAUGAAAGUAAUGGUUCCUAAUCUAAAUGAAAUUCCUCAAUAUUUACACGAGAAUGUGACAAGACAAGAGAAUAUAAAUAGGCGUUUACCGGUGCAAAGAGUGCGUGAUAUUGCAGGUCAACAGAUAGGUCGUGUGCCUGCAAAUUUAUGUCGUGCAUUUCGAAUGUUGCUGAGGAAUAACUUUGUCCAAGAAAUAUCAUGCUUUUACAAAGGAGAAAUCAGACAAAGUCUACAUCCCCAUGUUCAACAGCGUUACAGGAGAAACCCAACAGGGGGACAUGACCAGGCGGGAGGUGGUGCAGAUCUGUUCCACAAAUUGAAUUGGACACCAGAUUAUUUGCAUAAAAAUAUGAGGAACUUUAUAUAGAUAACAAGUUUUAACAGAUUUAUUUUCAUACCAACAGUGAGAAUGAUAUCUAUACUGAGAUACAGUACCUUGGAUAUCGAAACAAAAAAGUAUCCAGUUUCUUUCGAUAAUUUUAGCAAUUGCUUUCAGAAUUGAAAUGCUAAAGAAUAGACACUGUUCUUUUUUUACUUGUAUUCAUCUCCUGUUUUUUUUUUUUUUUUUUAAUUUUGACAAUAAAUGUACAUGUUCAUGUAUUUGUUAAGUAUAAUUACCAAUAAUUGUGUGUGUCAAAGACCUGAAAACUGGGGGAUCAUUUAUUUUCAGUGUUAACAAUUUACAAUUAUUUACAAGGAAAGAUUAUUGGAAUUGAAAGAAACAUCAGGUAUACUUGGCAAAACAAUCACAAAUUGAAAAAAACUGCUAUCAGAUAAUACUAACACAUACAUUGUAGAUAUCAUUAAUUCGUGUUACUACCUGUAUCUUUGCUGAUACAUAAAUUUUACAUAAAUCUUGUAUGAAAUGAAAACAAAUCUAUUAUACAUUUUUCUCAUAACUCAAAACACAAACAAACAAAACUGCACUUCGACAAAUUUAAAUUCAAAACAUAAUGAAAAAGAAGACAUUUUUAUCCGCCAUCUUUGUCCCCAUCAUUAUGUCACAAUAGUCAUAUUCCACAAGUUACAUACGCAAAAAUAUAACAUGGACGAUUUCACUUGAUAAAAGGAAGAUUAUGUAUAUAAAGCAGACAUUUCUUCCGCCAUCUUCAAUUUCAGACGACACAAUAGUGUCCCCAUCAUUAUGUCACAAUAGUCAUAUUCCACAAGUUACAUACGCAAAAAUAUUACAUGGACAAAUUCACUUGAUAAA